GGGUUCCUUCUUGGAGCAUGUACUAAUGGUUGAUCAAGCCCCUCCAUUCUCCAAAGCAGAAGCUCCUUUGACUUUCCUCUGACAUUCACCUCCAGGGUGCUCGUGGGCCCGGUGAGCUCUUCCUUCUCACCCAAGCUCUUUCCUUCUUUACCCAGCAACAAGGCAUUAACUCAGAGAAUGUCUCUGAUUGGCUGAAGGAUCUUCAUCCUAGAAUCUGUUUUCUUCUUCUUUGUCCUUGUCCCUUUACUCCCCACAUGGAUGGACUGAGACUUAUUUGCUUAAAGCACCAGAGGGCAAUGGCCCUCCCAGCAGAGCUGGUCCUGGGACUCCACACCCUGGUGACUCUCCUGAGCCCCCAGGAAGCAGGGGCCAUCAAGGCCGACCACAUGGGCUCCUAUGGACCAGCCUUCUACCAGUCUCAUGGGGCUUCCGGCCAGUUCACUCAUGAAUUUGAUGGGGAACAGCUGUUCUCUGUGGACCUGAAGGAAAGGGAGGCUGCGUGGCGUCUGCCUGAAUUUGGCGACUUUGCCCACUUUGACCCACAGGGAGGGCUGGCCAGCAUCGCCAUGAUCAGAGCCCACCUGGACAUCCUGGUGGAACGCUCCAACCGCACCAGAGCCACCAACGUGCCUCCAAGGGUGACCGUGCUCCCCAAGUCUCAAGUGGAGCUGGGCCAGCCCAACAUCCUCAUCUGCAUUGUGGACAACAUCUUCCCACCUGUGAUCAAUAUCACCUGGCUGCGCAAUGGUCAAACAGUCACCGAGGGAGUGGCCCAGACCAGCUUCUAUUCCCAGCCUGACCAUUUGUUCCGCAAGUUCCACUACCUGGCCUUUGUGCCCACGGCCAAGGACGUCUAUGACUGCCAGGUGGAGCACUGGGGCCUCAACGCGCCGCUCCUCAGGCACUGGGGUAAUGACCUCUCUGAGAGAAGCGGAUUGUGGGAGACACCCUGUGGAUCCGGCAGGUUUCUGACAGCCCUUGCAUGCUCACCGCUGCGUCUGCUAGUGCAUCCCCACUGUGCUGACCUUGAACCGAUCCACCUCCAUCCUACAGGUCCCCUCCUCUUUGGCCAUAGUGCUCAUGGCAGGACUUGUGAGACACCACCCAGCUUCCCUUCCCCUUCAAAACACUUUCUCUCUCCCCUCCCCCCAAGGUUCUGGCUAGCAGCAUUGAAUUCUUUAAAGUGUUUACAUUGUAUCGUUUUGCCAGGUCUUGGCCAGUUCUGCUAGAGUGUUAAGCGAUGUAGAAGGGACCCUGGGUGGUGACCACUGAGCAUGGCCUCAUGGUGCUGGGGAUGGCAGCUGUGCUCAAGCUGUCCAGCUGUGUCUUGCUGUGUCUUGCUCCACUUGGCCCGUUGUGUAUUACUUUGUGAAUGUGCCACUUCAUAUGGACUUCAUGAACUGUAGCCCUUGGAUUCAUCCCCAAAAGGGAUGCAGAGUGUCCUGUUCUUUGCAAUUCACCCAACCAAGGACAUCUCUGGACACUGGGAGAGGGGAGGCUCAUGGGAUUCUACUCCUAUCUGGACUCACGCUGUGUGAAGAGGCCAUUGUCUAACCAUGAUGUCAUCUCCUUUGUCUACAUUCCUUAGAGUCCCAUGCGAGACAGAGAGGUCCAAGGCUGAGACAAGAUAGCUACUUCCCUUGGUGGGUCAGAGUAGGCAGGAGGCUAGCAGAGUCGAUCAGCCAGGCGUGUGGGAGGAGAGGAGGUCUAAGGGAGAUCCACCAGAACACUGUAAAUAUGUGGCCUGGAGGACUUUAGUUUACUGUGAACAAAAUUUAAAACUUGCAAAGAGAUAAGGAACUAUACAUUUGUCAUGUACCAAAUGAGCGGUACAGAUGAGUGGUUUUCAAACCAUAACAUACAUAAGACUCACUAGGAGACUUUUAAAAGUACAAGCAUCACUCAGACCUAUUGAAUUAGAAUCUCAGGGACUGCAGAGGCAGCAACAGGGAGCCUGUACUUUUUAACAUGCUCCCAAUGACUCUGAUGUGGCCAUUGUGGACCUAGGCUAUGGUCUGGUAACUGGGCCCCACUGGCUUGGACUGGUGCUAUUGAAGGUCUUUGGAGAGAGGGAUCCUUGAGCUGGACCAGGAAGGCUUUCUGGAGAACCUAGGUCCGUUAGGGCACUAAAGUUGAUCAAGACACAAGUAAGCGGAGCAAGGUGGGAUUUUGAAUUGUAAGCAUUUGGUCCUGGAAAAGAAAGAAAUCCAAAAUUUAUGGGAAUGUAGUAGACGUCCCAAGAAAGAAUAAAUUGGGAGAAAUCAAUGACCAGAAGACUUUGAUGGAAGUGAGGAGGAUCAUCUUAGGCAAGGAUUUUGUUUGCCAGUGACGGAAACUCUCUUAAAAUGAUCACAUGCAAAGAAGAGGAUAUUAACAGUAGAGAUGCAGGGGUGGUGCACAGAUGGGUUUUAGGUAGGAUUCACGGGAACAGAGCUCGGAACUGUAAAGGCCAGGGGACCUGGAGCUGCCCCUCUGGCGUGCUCUCUGGGCUAUAUGGUCUGUGUUCCCCAGAUCCCUCUGCAUGUUGGUUAUAUUCUCUGUGAAUUGACUGUCCUUUUCAGUGAGCAUGUUCACCCUACAGCUCCUGAGUGUGUAUCAACUCAGCUGUCACCCCACACAGAGACUGUGUCUCCUGGUCACAACUUUAAAUUCUUAGAAAAAAAUACAUGAUAAGUCAUACUUAGGGCAGAAGUCUAUUCCAGCCUAUGAACCUAGAGCAAGGGGACAAGGAAACCACAAAUUUCCUCCUAGUAAAAACCUGGCUGCUGAGCACCCACCUCUGGGGUGAGGGGUCGUUCUCAGAGAAAGAAUUAUGGAUUUGUUCUCAAAAGACACCCCAAGAUAAGUCUGUUCCCAACAUGCCCUGAUCUUUGCAGAUAUUUUGCUUAAAGUUUUCUUGAUGUAUUAUUGGAAAGGCAUUCCUGUGAUCUCUGUCCUAGGUUUAAUAAAGUCAUUAAAAUUGUCUCUUC